GAUGGAGGGGAGGGAGUUGGCACCGUGACAGGAGCUGACUCCUGAGCUCUGCUCCGUGCAAAGCUGAUCGAGAUAGAGAGAGAGAGAGAGGGAAUUACGCACAGCCGGGGCAACAACCAGUCGUUCUGCUCAUUUGGACGGGUCACCUCUUCCGUUGCAACCGUGCAGCUCAGGGUGGAGGAGCUCCGUGCAGCUCAGGGUGGAGGAGCUCCAUGCGGCUGAAGGUCAGCAGGAUCCAGCGGCAGCGCGUCCCGUCUGGAUCCGUCCGGAGACCCGCUCGGGCCUUCGUUUCCCUGCUUUGCAGCUGCCUGAUGUCCCCGCGGGCAUAGGGAGCCCCGAGGAGGGAUGUGAGUCGGCGUCACCUCUUCCAGCCUGAUCCCGUGAUCGGAGGAAGAAGGGGAAUGGGCCCGGCCUCGCUGCAGGAGGAGGGGGAGCCCGAGGAAGAGUCCAAGGGGGCGAUGGAGGGCUACCGCUGCCUCCUGCAGGCGGGCUCCCAGCUGGAGAGCACCCUGCAGCAGGUGACCGUCCCUGUAAGCUUGAAGGAGGUAGGGGGCUACAUAGAGAAACAGGUGGCGUACCUGUCCGGGGGCCGCGGGGAAGACUCCAGUGUCAUCAUCACCCUGCCGGAGUGCUCUGCCUUCAGUGACAUACCAGAGGAAGCUUUAGCCAAAGUCUUUACAUACCUCACUCUCAUCCCUCGCACAAGGCAACCCGGGGUAAAGUUUAUCGUCAUUUUAGACCGAAGAUUGGACACCUGGGCCUCAAUCAAAACUGCACUUGCCAGGAUAGCAGCAUCUUUUCCCGGGAACCUCCACCUGGUCUUGGUGCUCCGACCCACCAGCUUCUUCCACCGCACUGUUACUGACAUUGGCUUUCGCUUCAGCCAAGAGGACUUCAUGCUCAAGAUGCCAGUGGUGAUGCUGAGCUCUGUCACCGACCUGCUGCGCUACAUUGAUGAAAACCAGCUUACUUCAGAGUUUGGAGGAACUUUGGACUAUUGUCAUAGCGACUGGAUUGUUUUACGAACAGCCAUUGAGAGUUUUGCCGUGACAGUCAAAGACAUUGCACAGAUGUUACAGGGGUUUGGCACUGAGCUGGCAGAGACAGAGCUUUGUGAUGAGGGGAAAACCAUCGAGUUUCUCCUUGAGUCCCACACUGACAAGUACAGGAAACUCAAGGAUGCAAUUCGGUCGGUGUCAAAGGAAGGUCGCCAUCUUCUGGCGAGCUUGGAGACCUCCGGAAAGGAGGAUGACUCCCAGUGGGAUGUGAGGCUGGACUGGGAGACAGUGCAGAGGCUGCUUGCUCAGCUCAGAGACAUGGAGUCAGCGUUCGAUGGUUUCUUCGAGAAGCAUCACCUGAAACUCCAUCAGUACCUGCAGCUGCUUAGAUACGAACAAAGCUUCCACGAGAUGGAGCUGUGUCUGGAGCACCUGGCGGGUCAGGAGAGGGAGCUCUCCACAUCCGUUGACACCCUGGCUCAAACCGAACAGGCUCUCAAAAGGUUGGACAGCCUGGAAUCAAGUGCACAGGAGGUGACGUCUCGAGCUCAGAUCAUCGUCCUUCACGGACACCAGCUUUCGGCGGGUCACCACUACGCCGUGGCUCUCAUAAUGCAGCGCUGCAACGAGCUUCGCCACCACUGUGACACGCUCAAUGCUGCUCUCAAGACCAAGCACACGGUUCUUCUGCUCACACACCAGCUGCUGCUUUGUGUUGGACAGGCCCAGAGUUGGUGUGACGAUGGAGCGUAUCUGCUGGCCAAUCAGCUGUUAGAGAAGUACCAGUCCAAGGAGGGGGCCCAGGCGGCUUUGAGGGACAUUGACAGGUUCCUGGAGUUGGCGCCGUCUUUGUUGAGCUCCGGACCGGACGUCCUGGCCAUCGAGUACGAAGCUGUCAUCACACCUCAGCUGCAGGCCCAGAUUGGGAAAACGUUUGAGAAGCACGCAGCGGUGCAGCAGAUGAUCCAGAGCCGACAGGCUUGUCUAAGGAAGCUGGCCGAUAAACACGUGCGACCCAUCCAACUGGUGGCCCCCAGGGCGGAGAACCCACCCCGCACCUCCAAGUCCCCGCUCUUCUCCCCCAAACAUGGUGAUGGGUUGAAAUUCACGUUCGACCUCUCUCUGCCCGGGAAGAGAACGUCCCGAAAGAGCCCCAACUCCAGAAAAAUUGAGGUGAUACACGACUACCAGGAGAGCCGGAGCUGCGUGUCCUACGGUCUGGAUGGAGAGGACAGCUCCGACAUCUUGAAGCGUCAUGUGAUGAGGGAACUAAUAGAGACGGAGAGAAUCUAUGUGGAGGAGCUGCUGUCAGUUCUGCUGGGGUACAGGGCUGAGAUGGAUAGUCCCUCUCUGUCAGGGCUCCUGCCUGCGAUCCUGCGCAGCAAGAGGAACAUCCUCUUUGGAAACACGCCUGAGAUCUAUAACUUUCACAGCAGGGUUUUCCUUCAGGACCUGGAGGGAUGCCUGGAGGCUCCUGAGAGGGUGGGAGCCUGUUUCCUGAAACGGAAAGACAGUUUCCAAAUGUAUGAAUGCUACUGCCAGAAUAAGCCACGCUCCGAUGCGCUGUGGAAACAGUUCUCAGACUGCAGCUUCUUUCAGGAGUGUCAGAAGAAGCUGGAGCACAAACUGGGCCUGGACUCCUACCUCCUGAAGCCAGUGCAGCGCCUCACCAAGUACCAGCUGCUGCUUAAGGAACUUCUCAAAUACAGUGCAGAUUGCGAGGGCUCUUCGGAGCUGCAGGAGGCCCUGACGGCGAUGCUGGACCUGCUCAAAUCAGUCAAUGACUCCAUGCAUCAGAUAGCCAUCACAGGAUAUGAGGGGGACAUUUGCGAGCUGGGCCGCGUGCUGAUGCAGGGUUCUUUCAGCGUGUGGAUCGGCCACAAGAAAGGUCCCACGCGCAUGAAGGAGCUGGCUCGGUUCAAGCCGAUGCAGAGACACCUCUUCCUGUACGAGAGAGCUCUGCUCUUCUGCAAGCGGAGGGAGGAGCACGGAGGAGGAGGAGGAGACAAGACCCCGCCGUACAGCUUCAAGCACUGUCUGAAGAUGUCUGCUGUGGGGAUCACGGAGAACGUCAAGGGAGAUGUGAAGAAGUUUGAGAUCUGGUACAGUGGCAGGGAGGAAGUGUACGUGGUGCAGGCUCCUACACUGCAGGUGAAGACCGUCUGGCUCAAUGAGCUCCGCAGGAUCCUGACCAACCAGCAGAAGCUAUUGAGAGACGAAGCAAAUCAACACGGCCAAACGGUUGGACACAUGCAGCUUCCUCCACCACGGUCUGAGAGCAAACAGCAGAGGGCGUCAGUGAGCUCGGAGGAAACUGAGUCAGGGAGGAGCAGUCCGGACCCCCAGACUCGCUCCUCUAAACACCUGCACAACCGCAAGAGUUGGCCCGGAGCUCAUGGUUCUGUCGACAUGUGCGAGGGUCUGGAGGAGUGGUCUGGAGGUCGGGUUGCCUUCCACCGGUCUGACGUGCAGGGGGAGACGUUGGUGCACCUGUGCCCAGGUACAUACAGGGCUUUGGCUGACUGCCUUCAAAAUGGACCGGACAGCAUCGCCAUCAAAUGUGGAGACGUUAUCCAACUGCAGUUUGAAGACAACAAGGGACGCUGGCUGGUAAAGAAUGUGAGCGGGCAGCAGGAGGGCUUCAUAGCGGUUUCCAGCCUGCAGCUGGUUCUAGUGGACAGCAGUCAGGGAAACACCAGACUAAGGGUAAACCCGAAGGCGAGGAAGCUCAGCUCCCCGUAGAGGAGAAAGCACGGGAUGUGAAUCUGUCGGACCGUAGGUGUCUCGUCACCGAUCCUCCCUCCCCGGCAACGUCUGCUUCCUCCAGCACAGAGCAACGGUCCAAGAGAAGAACGCGGGGGGCCCACGCAGCUUUUUGUCUUCCAGCUUGCGACGGAGCACCUCCGAGGGCCGCCGUCUUUUCGAUGGCGGAGGUGUGAUGUGGCACCGGUGCAAAGGCUCAGGGACUGUUUGGCCCCAUCAGCCUGUUUUCAAAAGCUGAAUCUUGGAUCCUGAUUGGUCUUCCUUCUUUCUGAUUGGUGAGGAGAAUCCAACCUGUAUCUCAAACAGAGUCGGGAUGUGAGGUCGAGGCACAAUCAGCGGAGUCUUCCUCGUUCCAAGUAGUGGUUUGUGUUGUGGAAGCACCCCGGGAUUUGCUUGAAACGUUUCUUAAAGCAGAGACUUUUGUACAUAAACCUACUUUUUAACAUUUGUUUUACCUUACCGUUUCCUCUUUGUGUAGCUACUUGAUAUUUGUCCAUUGAAUGACUUCAUUGUAUUAAAUUCCUCCUCAAGGCACCGCUCUUCUGCACAGCCUCGGAGUCAGAAUGCCAAAAUGUGCCAUGCCAUAAUGCCUUUUUUAUUCUUGCUCUUACUUACUUGUACGCACUGUUUGCAAAAUGAAACACUCUGUUAUUGCUUUGACCUGACCUCACAAAUAUCCAAAAGGCACUUUAAAACGGUGGAUGCACAGGAGAGACAAAACGAAAGAAUCCACCUACUGUCUCCAGAAUGUGUUUUCUUCUCUGCUUGGCCCCCGUUAUUGUGUAUUUUCUUCACAGCACCAUUACAGCUGGGUUCAUCUGGCGUUCCCUUUAAAAAGGGAUCAUACCACCAGCACGAAAUGCACCCUCUGUGUUGAACGCUUAAUUGAAUAUGGAUUGCAGACUUCAAAUGGAGACCCUGGCAGAGGGCUGCCUUUAAAUUCACUCUGUUUGACAUGUGAAUAAGUACAGAAAGCAGCACAUUUCCCAUGUGGUUAUUUAUUUUACUGUCAUCUUGUUCCUUCAUAUUGUGAGGUAACUAUGCAGCUCUGAAUGUAAAUACGAUUCCAUUUUUUUAAAGGGAGCAAAAACCCAUUUAUUUAUUCGUAUCUUAUUUAACACAAUCAGAUGGUUUCUUUGAAACUUUAAUCCAAAAUGCUGCAGACUUUGCACAGAUUUUCCACUUGGAAAAACAAAAAAACUGGUUGAAAUAUUAACCUGAAGAGCCAAUUACCCUCAGCGGGUUGGUGAAUGUUUCUUUUAGAGGUAAAAUGCAUGGCAACUAAACACUGAGCAGCUGUUCUGAACUGGCUCGCUUUUGUAUGGCUUCAGUUUCGGUAAAGAACUAAAUCUUUUAUUUCAAUAAUUGGUAGUAAUGCGAUACUGUUUGAUAACUAAGACUGUGGUUUCUUUUUUCAUGCACGCUUAUUUCUGUAUUUUUGUUUCAAUGGGAGCUAACUUCUAUAAUAAAAUCAUGCAGCUUUUCA